AUGAAAGCAAGGGACGUUGUUGGAGUGUUGAAUGAUUUGGAUAGGAGAGAGCAAGAGAGGAGCCUGAAGGAUGAAGAGCUACCAAAACCAAAGGAGUAUGUUCUGAAGGAAGAGAUGGUCAAGGAGAUGAUUGUCGAACAAUUAAAGGAAGAUAGAGAUAAGCUGGACGAAGAAGUGAAAGGAAUCACAACCCGAUCGGGGAAGAAGCUGAGAAGAAGUCGAGUAGAGCAGAGAGGAGAGAUUUUCAAGGACACGAUGUACGGGACGAAGGUGACGAUACCGUUUACUGAGUUGGUUAGGCUAACACCGGGGUAUGCUAGGUAUAUCAAGGACAUGAUCAAGGAAAACAGAGUCCCGAAAGAUGUGCAUGGUAUCGAGGAAGUCAAUGGAAUUCUGGAGAAAGGAGACGAGUUCAUCACCCCGAAGCUAGAGGAUCCUGGUAGUUUCUUCAUAUCGUGUAAGAUUGGAAAUAAGAUUAGUUGUGAUUGUUUAGCCGACUUAGGAGCUAGUAUUAACCUGAUGCCUUGGAGCGUCUACACUAAGUUAAGUAACGCAGCACUAGAUACCACCAUGAUGACUAUUAUGUUAGCAGACCAGACCUUUCAACGUCCUUUAGGAAAGACCCAUGUAGUGAUAGUAACCGUAGGAGAUCUACAUUUUCAGGCAGAAUUCGUAGUUAUGAACAUACCGGAAGAUAAGAAGGUACCAAUAAUUUUAGGAAGACCUUUCCUGAACACAGCCAAAGCAGUAAUAGAAGUAGCUGAAUGUAGGAUUACCAUAGGAAAUGGUCUAAAAGAUGAAAUGAAGAUUGUUUCGUGA